UGCGUACUUGCCUCCCCUUGCCCCCGCGCGGGCUUCUUUCUGGCCAGUCGCGCGUGGGCUGAGGCCCUGGGCGGGCACUGCGAAGGUUUGUUUGCUUGAGCUCGGACCCUACGACGGUGCGGAGUUCCCUCCCUGUAGGGAGGGCGCACCCCUACGUGAGGUGAAUGGGCUGUCCUGUGGGCUGCUAGGGGUGGGGUGAGGAGCAUCUGGGCUGCUGCCAUGAACUCACCGGUGGACCCCUGCGCUAGGCAAGCGCUGAAGAAGAAGCCGCCCGAACGGACCCCCGAGGACUUAAAUACUAUUUAUUCUUAUCUUCAUGGAAUGGAAAUAUUGUCAAAUCUCAGGGAGCAUCAGCUUAGAUUAAUGUCUGCAAGAGCACGCUAUGAAAAGUACAGUGGCAACCAGAUUCUUUUUUGCUCAGAAACUAUUGCCAGAUGUUGGUAUAUCCUGCUUUCUGGAUCUGUACUUGUCAAAGACUCCAUGGUUUUGCCUCCUUGCAGUUUUGGUAAGCAGUUUGGAGGAAAAAGAGGAUGUGAUUGUCUUGUAUUAGAGCCUUCAGAAAUGAUUGUGGUAGAGAAUUCUAAAGAUAAUGAAGAUAGUUUUCUACAAAGAGAAAUUCCUGCCAGACAGUCUCGACGAAGGUUUCGGAAAAUAAACUACAGAGGAGAACGCCAAACCAUAACUGAUGAUGUGGAUGUUAACAGUUAUCUUUCUCUUCCAGCUGAUCUUACCAAGAUGCACCUCACAGACAACCCUCAUCCACAGGUGACUCAUGUGUCUUCUAGUCAGUCUGGUUGUAGCAUUGCCAGUGAUUCUGGGAGCAGCAGUUUAUCUGAUAUCUAUCAGGCUACAGAGAGUGAAGUAGGAGAUGUAGAUUUAACACGUCUUCCAGAAGGACCUGUUGAUUCUGAGGAUGAAGAAGAAGAAGAGGAAGAGAUUGAUCGAACAGAUCCAUUGCAGGGGCGAGAUCUUGUUCGAGAAUGUCUUGAAAAAGAACCUGCAGACAAAACUGAUGAUGACAUUGAACAAUUACUUGAAUUUAUGCACCAGCUUCCUGCUUUUGCAAACAUGACCAUGUCUGUAAGGAGAGAGCUCUGCUCAGUGAUGAUUUUUGAAGUGGUGGAUCAGGCUGGAGCUAUUAUUCUUGAGGAUGGGCAAGAGCUUGAUUCAUGGUAUGUUAUUUUAAAUGGCACUGUAGAAAUUAAUCAUCCAGAUGGAAAAGUUGAAAAUCUCUUUAUGGGAAAUAGUUUUGGAAUUACUCCCACUCUUGAUAAGCAGUACAUGCGUGGUAUUGUCAGAACUAAAGUAGAUGAUUGUCAGUUUGUCUGCAUAGCCCAGCAGGAUUAUUGGAGAAUUUUAAAUCAUGUGGAAAAAAAUACCCAUAAAGUUGAAGAAGAAGGAGAAAUUGUUAUGGUGCAUGAGCACCGCGAAUUAGACCGGAGCGGAACCAGGAAAGGACACAUCGUAAUCAAGGCAACACCUGAGCGUCUCAUUAUGCAUUUAAUAGAAGAACAUUCCAUUGUGGACCCAACUUAUAUAGAAGAUUUCUUAUUGACUUAUAGGACAUUUCUUAAAAGUCCUUUGGAUGUUGGAAUCAAGCUUUUGGAAUGGUUUAAGAUUGACAGCUUAAGGGAUAAGGUGACACGGAUUGUAUUAUUAUGGGUAAAUAAUCAUUUUAAUGAUUUUGAAGGUGAUUCUGCUAUGACUCAGUUUCUGGAAGAAUUUGAAAAAAAUCUGGAAGAUACAAAAAUGAAUGGUCAUCUUAGGUUAUUGAAUAUCGCCUGUGCUGCAAAGGCUAAGUGGAGACAGGUUGUGCUACAAAAGGCUUCUCGAGAGUCACCUUUGAAUUUCAGCCUUAAUGGAGGAAGUGAGAAGGGAUUUGGUAUUUUUGUUGAAGGAGUAGAACCUGGUAGCAAAGCUGCUGAUGCAGGACUGAAACGUGGUGAUCAGAUAAUGGAAGUAAAUGGACAGAAUUUUGAGAAUAUUACAUUUGCAAAGGCCCUUGAAAUUUUGAGGAAUAAUACUCAUCUUGCACUAACUGUGAAGACCAAUAUUUUUGUAUUCAAAGAGUUGCUUAGUAGGAUUGAACAAGAGAAAUAUGGUGUUCCUCAUAUUCCAAAAAUUGCUGAAAAAAAAAGUAAUCGGCAUUCAAUUCAAGAUGUCCCAGGAGAUAUUGAACAGACAUCACAGGAGAAAGGAAAUAAGAAAGUUAAAGCAAAUACUGUUUCAGGUGGAAGAAACAAAAUCAGGAAAAUUCUGGAUAAAACAAGAUUUAGUAUCUUGCCUCCAAAGCUAUUUAGUGAUGGAGGCCUGAGCCAAUCACAAGAUGACAGCAUUGUGGGAACAAGGCAUUGUAGACACAGCCUAGCUAUAAUGCCUAUUCCUGGAACACUCUCAUCCAGUAGCCCUGAUCUCCUGCAGCCUACUACCAGCAUAUUGGACUUUUCUAAUCCUUCAGCUGUUGGUUUUUACUAUAUUCCUGAUCAAGUUAUAAGAGUUUUCAAAGCAGAUCAACAAAGUUGCUACAUUAUCAUCAGUAAAGACACUACAGCUAAAGAAGUAGUUUGUCAUGCUGUUCAUGAAUUUGGUUUGACUGGUGCAUCCGACACAUAUUCUCUUUGUGAAGUUUCUGUUACUCCAGAGGGUGUCAUAAAGCAGAGAAGACUUCCUGACCAGUUCUCCAAAUUAGCUGAUAGAAUUCAACUCAAUGGAAGGUGAAUAAGCUUCUUAGUGAAUGUGAUUAUUUUCGG